UAUCCACUCCCGUACACACCACGAAUUCCGCAAUGCUCGCCCAAACGUUUUGUCGACUCCCACGAUUAAACGCCACAACCACCGUAUUUUCUACAGCAAAGCGGUCAAUGGUGUCGGUUGCUCCUGCCAAGUCUCCCGGCGAAGAGAUUCAAACUGCCACAUUACGAUUGUUGGAAGAACAUGCCUCAAAGGAUAGAGCAAAGGCCGCUUCAGACGCAACACGUUCGUUCCAGAAAAUCCACAAAGUCGGUGACCUUUAUCAUCCAGAAGACUUAAACGACGCACGCUAUCAGGAACGUCUUCGCCAACGACGUGGUCGACCCAACACUCCUACCCAAGACCCAUUUGAAGUGCUGGAUCUGGAUCCUUUGCACGAGUACAAGAACGUCCGAUUGCUGUCAUACUUUGUAUCAGACAUGGGCAAGAUCCUCCCACGAGAACAGACAGGUGUAAGCGCCAAAAAUCAACGUAAACUCGCCAAGGCUAUCAAGCGUGCUAGAGCUAUGGGUAAGUUGAUAGGAUAA